AUGGCAUGUGAUGCUCGUAUGAUGGACAGCGAUUCGCGGUCACUCACUGUUCAGACUAUUGCCGGCCAUAUAGAAGACGCGUUGGAAAUCCAGCGAGAGGUGACGGAGCACGACUUGUGCGCCACCUGCUUUGGCAACCGCUUCAGCAGCUAUGUCACCUACCUGUACAUUAUGAUCAAGCUGCUAUACGUCGUAAACGUUUUGGGCCAGAUAUUUCUGCUGAACACUUUCCUCGGUACCAGCAACGUGCUGUAUGGCUUCCAUAUACUGAUGGACCUACUGAACGGUCGCGAGUGGGACGAAUCAGGGAAUUUUCCGCGAGUGACCAUGUGCGACUUUGAGAUCAGAGUUCUAGGAAACGUCCACCAUCAUACUGUACAGUGCGUCAUCAUGAUCAACAUGUUCAACGAGAAGAUAUUUCUGUUUCUUUGGUUUUGGUUUCUAGUCGUUUCGUUGGUGACGAUUUGCUCAUUCUGUCACUGGGUAGUCAUAUCACUAGUUCCCGGGCAAAGGAUCAAGUUUAUUCGGAAGUAUCUGCAUGCUACCGAUUUAAUCACGGAUAGACAGUCGGUAAAAAAAUUUGUACACAAGUACCUUGGACUGGACGGCGUGUUCUGUUUGAGGAUGAUUUCCGCUCACGCCGGUGAUAUAAUGGCCACUGAGCUAGUCGUGGCGCUGUGGCGCAACUUUAAUGACAUGGUCAGGAAAUCACCGAUCGAAAUGUUCGAGGGAGCCAAUAUCAACAUGCAUUCGCCCAUGAAAAUGACUGAAAUGAACUUCAAAAGCUGGCUUCUCGGACAACAUUCCAAGAAGCCCAACUUUGAAGUGGUCAACCCGACAAGAGGCAAAGGUAAACGACGAAAAUCAGACGGCUAUUUCACAUUCGUGUGA